AUGAACGGAACAAUCUCGGAAGACUUGUCCCACGUUGCGCCAGAGUUCGGACCCUUACCUAGAUAUAACACUGGCUUUUCUACCAUUCUUGGUAACGAUCAGAACGGACAUUGGAGUGAGCGCAAUCUACUGAGCUUAGAUGGCGGCGGCAUCCGCGGAUACUGGUCACUCCUAGUCCUGGAGAGACUGAUGCAAGCUAUCGGUGACGAAGAGCGGAAACAAGGGGGAGGACAGGAACGCUUCGAUAGUUUUCACCCGGAACCUCUUCCAGACUAUGUCACACAACGCGUUCUCGAACGCAGCAAUCAGCGUCGUGAAAACGAUCUAGAUGCACAAAGUUUCCUACCUUGCCAUUCCUUCGAUGUUAUCUGUGGUUCUAGUACGGGAAGUCAACGCAUCUUUGGCAAACCUCGGUGGGUAUCACAACGCAGCAUUGGAAUAGUGCGAUGGCCAAAGUACAAUGCCGUUUGUAUGGAAGAGGCUUUCAAGGACGUGACUCAACGGCGCGGCGAAAAGCCUUCUCCCAACCAGCAUGCUGCCACUUCGCCUUUGUUCCCCACAUCCCGUGGAACCUGCUCAAUGUCCGCUACAACAAUGCUAAGAACGGAAGGCAAAAGAGGUAGUUCGAAAAAGCUACAUUUAUUCCGGUCUUAUAAUCACAAGAACCGUGACGACAUAUCUUAUGAUGGCGAAAUUCAAGUAGCCCGUGCAGCUACCGCCGCCCCCUUGUAUUUCACGGAGCUCCAGUACAAAUUCAACUCAGAAGAUCGCUUUGGACUCACCAAUAAUCCUACUCUCCUUGGCAUACAGGAAAUCGAAAAUCUUUUCGGCCAAGAUAGAGUCGGAGUUAUUCUUAGCGUUGGAAUUGCCAGAGAUAAUGAAAAACCUGGAAAGAAGGGCAUCCUUCAUAGACAUGUUGCGAAUUCGUUGAAGCGCCAAACCCGACCUUACUAUUGGCGGCUCAACGAUAAGAAUGGCCUUGACCUUGAACUUGACGAUUGGAAACCAAAUGGUUGGUUCACUCGGGAAUCACUGCGCGGCCACAAACCCCUAGAGAAAAUCACGAACGGGUUUAAUGCUUGGGCGAUGAGGUGGGAAAGCAUCCAGAUGAUUCAACAGACUGCAGAACAGCUUUUCCGGUGUUUAUCGAACGAGUGUCAAGAUGCGUACAGCUCCCGCGGGAAAUUUAACGACCAUUGGCGCGAGUUUCACGAAGGUUAUGAAAAUGCUGAUAGAUAUCGAGAUCCCGAAUUCACGGUGUGGGUAUAUCCAGCAGCGAACUGA